CUCUCUGCGCCUCCGUCUCUAGAGCUCAGCCUUGAACUCUGUCGCCUUGUACCCUGUGGACCCAAUGGAGGGCAGUGCGGUUGUUUGCAAACUAUCACCAGCCUAGUUCAGCCCCCGUGAUUUGAAAACAGAAUUGUUGCAACAGGCUCCUGGAACUCCUAAACAACUCCUCUUGGUGUUCUGUUUUCCUACUGUGAUUGCAUCAUGGAAAAUCAAUUGGCUAAGUCAACUGAGGAACGAACAUUUCAGUACCAGGAUUCUCUUCCAUCACUGCCUGUUCCUUCACUUGAAGAAUCAUUAAAAAAAUACCUUGAAUCAGUAAAGCCAUUUGCAAAUGAAGAAGAAUAUAAGAAAACUGAAGAAAUUGUCAAAAAAUUUCAAAAUGGUAUCGGAGAAAAAUUGCACCAGAAAUUACUUGAAAGGGCAAAAGAAAAAAGAAAUUGGCUGGAAGAGUGGUGGCUGAAUGUUGCCUACCUGGAUGUCCGUAUACCAUCACAACUGAAUGUCAACUUUGGGGGUCCGGCACCCCAUAUGGAACACUACUGGCCUCCAAAGGAAGGCACGCAAUUGGAAAGAGGAAGCAUAAGUCUUUGGCAUAACUUGAACUACUGGCAACUGUUAAGAAAAGAAAAAUUACCUGUUGAUAAAGUUGGAAAUACUCCUCUGGAUAUGAAUCAAUUCCGAAUGCUAUUUUCUACCUGUAAGAUUCCAGGAAUUUCUAGAGAUUCAAUUAUGAAUUAUUUUAGGACUGAGAGCGAAGGGUAUUCCCCAACUCACAUUGUAGUGCUGUGCCGAGGCCGCGUUUUUGUCUUUGAUGCAAUUCACGAAGGAUGUUUGAUCACCCCGCCAGAGAUUCUCAGGCAACUGACAUACAUCCACAGGAAGUGCCAUAGCGAACCUGAUGGACCUGGGGUGGCAGCAUUAACUAGCGAGGAGCGAACUCGAUGGGCAAAGGCACGAGACUAUUUGAUUAAUCUUGAUCCAGAGAACUUGACUAGGUUGGAAAAAAUUCAGAGCAGUUUGCUAGUGUAUUCCUUAGAGGAUGACAGUCCACAUGUAACACCAGAAGAUUAUUCACAGGUAAUUGCAAUGAUCCUCACUGGAGAUCCAACAGUACGCUGGGGUGACAAAUCCUAUAACUUGAUUUCCUUUUCUAAUGGAGUAUUAGGCUGUAAUUGUGAUCAUGCUCCUUAUGAUGCAAUGGUUAUGGUAAGCAUCAGCUAUUAUGUUGAUGAGAAGAUUUUGGAGAAUGAAGGAAGAUGGAAGGGUUCAGAAAAAGCACGGGAUAUGCCACUUCCAGAGGAGCUUGUUUUCACUGUGGAUGAGAAAGUAUUAAGUGACAUCAAUCAAGCUAAAGCCCAGUAUCUCAAGCAGGCAUCUGAUCUGCAGGUUGUGGCGUAUCCCUUUACACAUUUUGGCAAAAAGCUAACCAAGAAGAAGAUGCUUCACCCUGAUACAUUUAUUCAGCUUGCACUUCAGCUGGCCUAUUAUAGACUUCAUGGACGCCCUGGUUGCUGCUAUGAAACAGCCAUGACAAGAUUUUUUUAUCAUGGCCGAACGGAGACAGUGCGAUCAUGUACAGUGGAAGCCGUCAGGUGGUGCCAGGGCAUGCAGGAUCCUGCGGCCACUGCUCUCGAGAGGAAGCAAAUGAUGUUACAAGCUUUUGCAAAACAUAAUAAAAUGAUGAAAGAUUGUUCAACUGGAAAAGGAUUUGACCGUCAUCUUUUAGGCCUUUCACUCAUAGCAAGAGAGGAAGGUCUCCCUGUCCCAGAGCUCUUUACCGACCCACUCUUCUCCAGAAGUGGAGGAGGUGGAAACUUUGUUCUCUCGACAAGUCUGGUUGGGUACUUAAGGGUCCAGGGAGUGGUGGUGCCCAUGGUACACAGCGGCUACGGGGUGUUCUACCACAUCAGAGACGACAGGUUUGUGGUGGCCUGCUCAGCCUGGAAAUCCUGUGCGGAGACCGACGCGGAGAAGCUGGUUCAGCUGAUUUUCCAUGCUUUCCAGGAUAUGAUGCAGCUGAUGAACUCCGCUCAUCUCUAGAGACUCACUAUGCACUAAGCACUUACCAGUUAGACCAUGUAAACUGGGUGCUGGGAGUGGGUUGCUGAGGGGAGGUAAGGAGGAGGGUCAACUUGAAGGAAAUGUAGACAUUAAUAGAAUCAUGCUCUCUAAACCUAUACUGGCAUACAAAGUAGAAAUAUUUUUAAGCUUCCUCUGAUGCAGCAGCAAUGCAAAUUUUAAUAUAGUGAUUUUAGAACUAUGCAAAGUUUAAGCCUCAACAAUGCAAUUCUACAAAAUUUAACAAUGCAACUCUAAUUUUAACUUUUAAAUAUUUUUAUUGAUACCUGUAAAGGUUAUAAAUUCCUUCUCUGAACAUCAUGGUAGAGCAGUGAUUUUCAACUUUUUUCAUCUCAUGGCACAUCAAAAAAUGUAUUUUUUGCCAAUAUGACCAAAAAAUAGGUAUACUUUUGAUUCAUUCACCCUGGACAGCUAUUCUGUUUGCUGUUGUCACUUAUUUUUUUUUUUUGGACAAUCUAAGGGAAAAGAGGUCAGUGUCCCUGACUAGUCAGUUAUUAAAAAUGCCACGGCACACUGGUUGGAAAUCACUGUUAUAGAGUCUAUCUUUCAGGCACUUUAACAUUUUCUAAUUGCCAAAGGGUAUGAGAUACCUGGUUGGAUGCUAAUUUCCCUGAAAUCAGUGUCUUUCACAUUCACCACAGGGAUACAAGCUUACUAUAUUUGGGAAAGACCACUACAAGUUAAUGGUGAUUAACAAAAAUAGUUUCUGCUGACCUGGCCAGGGUGGCUCAGUUGAUUGGAGUGUCAUCCCGUGCACUGAAAAGC